CGGCUGAAAUUGCCAGUGUGUUUUGCAUGGGGGUUGACUCUUUUCAGCAAGGAAUUCAGUCAUCAAUGAGCGGACAACUUUGGAACAGUCCUGCCGCAGUCACUCACUACAAGGAUUUCGUCUGAUAACGGGAGCUGGACUAAAACGUUAAAAUGUAUAGCGGAGUGAUUCUACUGAUGCUGGUCUUCGGGAUCUACACUGAUACUAUGGACCAAGGGCCAACAGCUGGCUGUACCUUUGACGAGGACUCCGACCCUGGGCUGUGUGAGUACAAGCAGGGACAGGAGGACGACUUUGACUGGCAGCUGAUGAGGACAUACAACUGGCCACACACCUCCCCAGACCUGCUGCGAGGCUCGUUCAUGAUGGUGAACUCGUCCCAGCAUGCCGCGGGGCAGCGGGCCCACCUCCUCCUCCAUUCGCUGAGUGAGAACGACACGCACUGCGUCCAGUUCAGCUACUUCCUGUACAGCCGCGACGGCCACUCCCCCGGGGAGCUGCAGCUCUACAUCCGGGUCAAUGGGGGGCCGUGGGGCAGUGCCGUGUGGAACGUCUCCGGGUCACAUGGACGCCAGUGGCACCAGGUGGAGCUAGCCGUCAGCACAUUCUGGCCCAGCGAAUACCAGGUGGUGUUUGAAGCAUCGGUCUCAGCAGAACGGCGAGGCUACAUCGCCAUUGACGACAUCCUGCUGCUCAAUUACCCCUGCUACAAGGUUCCCCACUUCUCUCGGCUGGGGGAUGUGGAGGUCAAUGCAGGGCAGAAUGCCACCUUCCAGUGUGUCGCCACGGGCAAAACUACAGAGACAGAACCCUUCCUACUGGAGCGUCGUAACGGUGUGGUUGUGGCGGCGUCCUCUAUCCAGCGUCUGAGCCACAAGCGUCUCAUGGCCACCUUCCAAGUGGAGGCUGAGAGAGGGGAGCAGGACCUGUAUCGCUGCAUCACAGAGUCCGCACGCGGAGCUGCCGUGUCCAACUUCGCCGAGCUCAUUGUCAGAGUGCCCCCCACCCCCAUCGCUCCCCCUCAGCUGCUCCGGGCUGGCCCCACCUACCUGAUCAUUCAACUCAACACCAACUCCAUCGUGGGGGAUGGCCCUGUUAUCCGCCGUGAGAUCGAGUACCGGGCCAGCCAAUCACCAUGGUCGGAGACACACGGUGUGGGCUCGCUCACGUAUAAGGUGUGGCAUCUGGAGCCGGACACAGAGUACCGUAUCAGUGUUUUACUGACCCGACCAGGGGAGGGAGGCACAGGGGCGCCUGGACCUCCCCUGGUCAGCAGGACCAAGUGUGCAGAGCCCAUGCGUGCGUUGCGAGGCCUCACAGCCAUAGAGAUCCAGCCUCGUCAACUAGUCUUACAGUGGGAACCUCUGGGCUACAACCUGACGCGCUGCCACACCUACUCCGUCUCUCUCUGCUACCGUUACUCCACACCUGCAGGGGGCAGCGCAGGGAACAAUGCCACAGUGAGGGAGUGUCUCUCUGUAGAGAGGAACCAAUCACACUUCACCCUGAGGGACCUGCCCCCGUUCCGCUCCGUCCACGUCCGGCUGGCGCUGGAAAAUCCAGAAGGCAAGAAAGAAGGCAGAGAGGUCACCUUUCAGACCGAGGAGGACAUUCCUGGUGGCAUCGUCCCAGAGUCACUAACUUUCACCCCAUUAGACGAUAUGAUCUUUCUGAAGUGGGAGGAGCCUGUGGAGCCCAAUGGGGUCAUCACACAGUAUGAGGUCAGUUACCAGGGCAUCGAGUCAUCCGACCCGGGUAUCAACGUACCGGGCCCUCGCCGUACUGUCUCCAAGCUGAGGAACGAGACAUACCACAUGUUCUCUGGUCUACACCCCGGCACCACCUACCUGGUGUCUGUUAGAGCUCGCACCGCCAAGGGCUUCGGGCAGACCGCCCUCACUGAGAUCACCACCAACAUCUCCGCCCCAGUGUUUGACUAUGAGGAUAUCCCAGCCCCACUCAGUGAGUCAGAGAGUACCAUCACUGUGCUGCUGAGACCUGCGCUGGGCAGAGGAGCACCAGUCAGUGCAUACCAGGUGGUGGUAGUAGAAGAGGACGGUUCUAGGCGGAUCAGGAGGAGGAGGAGGAGGAGGAGGGAGCUGGGUAGCGGUUCAGACUGUUUCCCUGUGCCAGCGUCCCAGGUGGAGGCCCAGUCUAAGGGGACGCCUCACUACUACACAGCUGAGCUACCCCCCUCCAGUCUCCCUGAGGCCACUCCGUUCACCGUAGGGGACAACCACACCUAUAACGGCUACUGGAACACUCCCCUGGACCCCUCCAAGAACUACCUAGUCUUCUUCCAGGCUAUAAGCAACUUCAGAGGGGAGACAAGAAUUAACUGCAUCCGGAUUGCCCGUAAAGCUGCCUGUAAGGACCAUAAGAGGGCCCUGGAGGUGUCCCAACAUGCAGAGGACAUGGGUCUGAUCCUGGGGGCCUGUGCUGGCGGACUGGUGGUCCUCAUUCUGCUGCUGGGGGCCAUCGUCAUCAUCAUCAAGAAGGGAAGGGACUUCUAUUCUUACUCUUACUACCCCAGGAAGAAGGUAGCGCUGAACAAGGCAGCCAUGUCGUACCGUCAGGAGAAGACCAGGAAGCUAGGUUCUCUGGACUGCAGCAUGACAGAGCAGAGCACCCUGCAGCAGGAUGGGCGCACUGCUAACUCCUUCAUGGACUCCCACACCUGCAACACACGGAACGAACAGAGGAGUUCAGUGAACGAGUCCAGCAGCCUGUUGGGUGGUUCCCCUCGACGCCACUGUCGUAGGAAGAGCUCUCCGUACCACACGGGUCAACUUCACCCCGCGGUCAGGGUGGCAGACCUCCUCCAACACAUCAACCAGAUGAAGACUGGGGAGGGAUACGGCUUCAAACAGGAGUAUGAGAGCUUCUUUGAUGGAUGGGAUGUCACCAAGAAGAAGGACAAGACUAAAGGGAGACAUGACAGUUUGCUGGGGCAUGAUCGUCAUCGAGUCAAGCUACACUCUCUCCUAGCAGAUCCCAACUCUGACUAUGGCAAUGCCAACUACAUAGACUUGCUCCUUAAACUGAGACUCAGCCAUAUGAUCAGCUGUGGGAACCAAAGAUAUUGCAGAGUGACUUACGAUAUCCGGAUAAACAGGGAAGGGUACCAGCGAUCAAACCACUUCAUAGCCACCCAAGGUCCCAAGCAGGAGAUGAUCUAUGACUUCUGGAGGAUGGUGUGGCAGGAGAAUUGCUUCAGUAUUGUCAUGAUCACUAAACUGGUGGAGGUGGGCAGGAUGAAGUGCUGUAAGUAUUGGCCCGAGGACAGUGAACUCUAUGGAGACAUCAAGAUCACACUGCUGAAGACGGAAACACUGGCCGAGUACACCGUCCGCACCUUUGCUAUGGAGCGGAGGGGCUACCCAGCGAAACAUGAGGUAUGUCAGUUCCACUUCACCUCCUGGCCAGAGCAUGGUGUUCCCUACCACGCCACAGGCCUGCUGGCCUUCCUACGCCGGGUCAAGGCCUCCACACCCCCCGAUGCUGGGCCUGUGGUCGUCCACUGCAGUAUGGGAGCAGGCAGAACAGGCUGCUACAUCGUACUGGACGUCAUGCUGGAUAUGGCAGAGUGUGAGGGAGUGGUGGACAUCUACAACUGUGUCAAGACCCUCUGCUCCAGACGCAUCAACAUGAUACAGACAGAGGAGCAGUAUGUGUUCAUCCACGAUGCCAUUCUGGAGGCCUGUUUGUGUGGAGAGACAGCCAUACCUGUUCUUGAGUUUGCUCUGACCUAUAAGGAGAUGCUGAGGGUUGACUCACAGAGCAACACCUCCCAGCUACGAGAGGAGUUCCAGACGUUGAACUCUGUGACCCCUCACCUGGACGUGGAGGAGUGCAGCGUAUCCCUGUUGCCGAGGAACCGCGAGAAGAACCGUAGCAUGGACGUCCUGCCCCCCGACCGCGCCCUGGCCUUCCUGGUCACCACUGAGGGCAUUGCCGAGGGCAACAACUACAUCAACGCCGCUCUCACUGACAGCUUCCACCGGCCCGCCGCCUUCGUGGUCACACCUCACCCGUUACCGGGAACCACGGCAGACUUCUGGAGGCUGGUCUAUGACUAUGGAUGUACCUCGGUGGUGAUGCUCAACCAGAUCAACCAGUCCAACUCUGCCUGGGUGAGAAGAGGGGAGCCAUGUCUAAAGUACUGGCCAGAGCCUGGGCUGCAGCAGUUUGGACCAAUGACAGUGGAGCUCCUGUCCAUGACGGCUGAUGAUGACAUCAUCAUUCGUCUGUUCCGGGUUCAGAACAUCAUGCGGCUCCAGGAAGGUCAGCUGGUGGUUCGUCAUUUCCAGUUCCUGCGCUGGUCUCCAUACCGUGACGUCCCAGACUCUAAGAAGGCUUUCCUCAGCCUCCUGGCCCAGGUCCACAACUGGCAGAGGGAGUGUGGUGAGGGACGUACCAUCGUCCACUGUCUUAACGGUGGUGGUAGGAGUGGUACGUUCUGUGCUUGUACCAUGCUGCUAGAGAUGAUCCGUCAUCACAGCCUGGUGGAUGUCUUCUACGCUGCCAAGACGCUACGCAACUCCAAACCCAACAUGGUGGAGACCAUGGAGCAGUACCGGUUCUGCUAUGACCUGGCCUUGGAGUACCUGGACGCCUUGGACUGCCUGAGUGAGAUAGAAGUGAGAUAGCACUGAUCCCAGAUCAGCUCAGGCCCAGAAGAAAUGGAGUGGAGUCCUGGACCUAGCCUGGAUCUCAGCCUGGGUCCACAUUACCUGGGCUUCCCAGCCUGGUCCUAGCCUGAGACCACAGCCUGGGCCUGGACCUGGGCCUGAGUCCACACUGCUCUGCUUCUCUCUCUACACUUCUACAUCUAGCACAGAUUUAUCAGACCUUCUCAACCCUAGAAGGAGUGUAGGGAUAGAGGCCUGGGACUCAGUCCGCUGCCUGAGUCCGACCUGGUCCACACCACUCCGUCCUGGGUUUUCCCUUGGGUCUACAGCCUGGGUCUAGCCAAGUUCCUGCUCUGUUUCCCUCUCGUCUCUUCCCCCCAGGUCUGGGUGUAUCAGUGUAUCUGCUGCCAUAACGGACCUGGACAAAAAACUAUGAGAGUGAAAGAGAGGGAGACAGAGAGAGAUGAUGGGACAUGCUUCUACCUUCUACCUGUCGUAUAAUGUACUAUUUUCCUUUCCCUUGCAUUCUUAUCCCAUCUGUAAGUUGCUCUUCUGUUCGGUGCCACAUACUAUCUGCCAAAUACAAGGAAGAGGACAAGGAAAUGGGCAGGAUCGUCCUCUUCUCAUUGGACGUAUUUCUGGUCACCUGACCACUGGUGGUAUACUCAAAGGUCUCCGCAACUUCCUGCCUUAUUUUAUUAUGUCAAUGACAACAAUAACAACAACAUCGAAAAACAUAAAAGCUGAAGUAUAACAACAAGACAAUGAUGCCACAACUGCAGCAGAUAAAAUAUGUCAACUAUUAGGUGAUUUUGUGUGUUUGUUUUGUAAUACAUAUAAUGAUCUUGUAAACGAUGCAAUGAUCUACUGUUGGUGAACAUCUGAUGUUGUUACUGUACACUGGUGUUUUCUCUGGUGAGGCUGGAAUGGCUAUUUCUCCAUCGGCAGAGAAGAAGUUUACAAAGAAAAUGACACUGAAAUGAUGUUUGGUGCAUCGAUCCUAUGGUCCUACUGUACAGAAAGGACCUAUCUGGUUUAUUAUUUAUUGUAUGUGUAAAUAGAUUGUUUUCCAGAUGUUUCUAGAUGUUUGUUGUCUUAACUCUGUGCCAAUUCAUUCUAUUUUGUCUAUGAACAACAUGGUCUCAUUAGAAUAAUGUCAAAAUAGUGACGUUUAACCAUUGUAAUGGUAUGCCACCCAAUUACUUUUAUGUCACUUCUGGUGACAUAUUACUCCAUAUUUGUAAUGAGAUAUGUCUGCUAUAAAUUACAUUCUAGGUUUAUGUCAUCCAAUUUGACAUAGUACUUAUGUAAUUUCUGGUGACAUAUUUGUAAUGAGACAUGUCUGCUAUAAAUGAGGACCACUUGAGCACCUGCAUGCCAGUCAGUUGUUAGUGUUUCCAUUGCAGUUUGUGACCCAGUCUGCUUCAGGGGACCGUCCCCACUGCUACCAGAGACUGGGGUUGCAAAAUUACUGUAGCUUUCCAAAAUCCCCAGAUUUGUCCUGAAAUGAAAUAAGCAAGAAGGGAAUCUUCCAACUGCGAAACUUAUGACCUGGAAUCUUACUACUGGGAUUUCAGGAAACCUGGGACGUUCAGGGAAGUUACCUAAUUUUGCAACCCUAUGCGAGAACCCCAGAGAGAGUAAUGUAACAAAAAAAUGACAUGAUUUGUCUCUAGCUGUGGGAACAAACGUGGUCAGUUUGCCGAAAUUAGUUGCUUUUUGCAUUUGUAUUUAUUCAUUUAUUCAUUCAAUGUUUUAUUUUAUAAUUCUGUAUAAAUGAAAAUAAAUAAAAUAUUAUGAUGUUGGUAA